CCCACCCAGAGCAAAGCAACUAAUAAUUAAGCAUGCUUCGCGCAGCUUCAACUAAACUAUUUCGCGCCAGAAAUACAUUCUCUAAUCCUCUCCUUUGCCGCCGCCGUUUCUCCGCCGCUGCCCCAUUCGAGCGCUACGUAAUCGACGCUCACAAAAUCCUCGCCGAUGCAUUGGAUUCCGAAAUCAAACACACUCAGAUGAUCUCCUUGAGGCCAGCAGCCCCAGCUGAUUUCCCUUUCAAAUUGCAACACACUCCCAGCGAGCGCGUCAAGCUGACGAGGGAGCUCGACGGAGAGGAAAUUGAGGUCAUGCUACUUGGCAACGACCAAAAUCACGACGCCGAUGAAGACGACGGCGCCACCACCACCGACAGCGACAGCGAUACAGAUGACUGCCCCGAUUCCGAUGAGGAAUCUCCCGCGAAAUCUGCAACUGAUCUGAUAAUUAAAAUCUCCAAACCAAAUGGAAAAUCAAUGAAGUUUUUCGCCACUGCAUCUAGAUCUGCUGAUAAAAUUGAGAUCCAGAGAUUGACUACUAAGGAUGGUGAUGGUGAUAAUAAUGUGGUCUGCUCUCAGCUGUUCAUCGCGCCAGAGAGCGAGUUGCAGAUGGCGUUGAGAGAGUUUCUCGAAGUGAGAGGGAUUAAGAAAUCGAUUGCUAAAUUCUUGUACGAUUAUAUGAACUGGAAAUCCAAGCUUCCCUAUGAUGGCGUACUGAGAUCUGUUGAAGCGUAUUCGGCCGAAAAAUCCGUUCAGGACAAAAAUAUUAGAAUGCUGAGGAAGCUGAAGAAAAUUAUUAAGGAUUGGUGAAAGAUUUUAAUCGAGAUCGCCGCAGCUAUUUAUUUCAUUUUAUGUUAAUGGAUUAGUUACGUUUGGUUUUAUUCAGUGAAUGUUAUUCACUUUUAAACUCUUCUUUGAA